AUGAUUGUAUGUCCGCAUGGGGAAGUAAAAAGGAAGAUGAUAUUGAUGAUUGUUGUAACUGGACGAGUCACGUGCAACAACCAGACUGGUCACGUGAAUGAGCUUGUACCGGAUGAUUGUGCUCUUAGAGGUGAGAUUAGCCCUUCAUUGUUUAACUUAACCCACUUAAGGUAUCUUGACAUUUCCAGUAAUUCUUUUCAUGGAACCAUUCCUAAGUUUAUUGGUUCCUUGGUUGAAUUACAGACUCUUGACCUUUCUAGCAACCAUCAUCUAAGCGGCACCAUCCCUUCAGAAUUUGGAAACCUCGCAAAUUUGUUGGAUCUCUCGCUAAACCAACUUGGAAAUUGUUCGGUUGAAAAUAUAAGUUGGUUGUCUCAUCUGUCUCAUUUGGAGCACCUUGAUAUGAGUGGUAUUUCACUAGCCAAGGCAGAUCAUUGGGUAAAUGUAAUUCUAAGUCUCCAAAACUUAACAUCUCUAUGGUUAGAAGGAUGUGAACUUUCACAGGUUAUGCAUCCAUAUUCUUCACCAUCAUCUUAUGAUCAUGUCAACUCUUCUGAAUCUUUUUCAUCGAAUAUUCAUACCAUUUCUCUCGGUGACAAUAAUCUCAACUCAUCCAUAUAUUCUUGGUUCUACCUAUUAACUAGCAAUAUGCUUCGAUCUGUUCAUCUCGAGGGAAACAAGUUAGACAAAUUACCAAAAUAUUUUGGAAAUCUGUGUAAUUUGACUUAUCUAUAUUUCAACAACAACUCUGCAACUGUACCACUUUCUGAUUUUCUGAAAACUUUGUCCGCUGGAUGCACGUCACAUACAUUAAUUGACGUAGAUGCUUCAAGUAACCAAUUUACAGGGUCAAUAUCGGAUGACAUCCAACAUUUCCCAUCACUAGUAGAUUUGAUACUUGAUGAUAAUCAGUUAAACGGAACUGUAAGUGAGAAAUUCUGGGAACUUCCUAACCUUGAAGCAAUACAUAUUUCAUCUAAUUCUCUUAGAAAUGCCAUCUUUAUAAAGACUGCAAAGCUAAAGCAUAAGUAUAUUGAUCUUUCGAAGAACAACUUCUAUGGAGGAAUCUCCUUUUUGUGCCAAAUUGUUGAUGGGUUUUUAAGUUAUCUCGAUCUCUCACAUAACUCAUUUUCCGGACAAAUUCCAGACUGUUUGUGGCAUUUGAAAGAACUAAAAGUUUUAAACUUGGCACACAACAAUCUAUCGGGAAGGCUCCCUGCAUCUGUUGAAUAUCUGUUUCAACUUGAAGUGUUGUAUUUAUACAACAACAGCUUCUCUGGAGAAUUGCCUUUGUCAUUAAGAAAUUGCACUAUGUUAUCAUUUUUAGACUUGGGGUCCAACAGGUUUUUUGGUAACGUGCCAGUUUGGGUUGGUGAAAACUUAUCAAGAUUGUAUGUUCUUAACCUUGGUAGCAACAAAUUCUUUGGAUCCAUUCCUUUACAAAUUUGCCGACUUGAAAAUCUUCAAGUUCUGGAUUUGUCAAUGAACAAUCUCAACGACACCAUCCCUUCAUGUUUCAAUAAUCUUACUUCCAUGGUUCAAGAAAGACUCUUAGCGGCACAAAUCGAACAUUUAUAUGAUCUUCAAGUAAAAGGUUUCAGCUAUUAUCCAGCGGAUUAUAUUGAUAGUACGAUUGUCCGGUGGCAAGGGAUUAGACGCAAAUUCACUACCAACCUUGGAUUGUUGAGAACCAUUGAUCUCUCAAGCAACAAUCUUACAGGGAAAAUCCCUAAUGAACUAACUGAUCUUCAUGGAUUGCUUCAACUCAACUUGUUCAAGAACGCUUUAUUUGGGGAGAUUCCAUAUAAAAUUGGUCAGGUGAAACAGCUUUUAACGUUGGAUUUAUCAAGAAACCAUUUUUCAGGACGGAUACCACCCAGCAUAUCUGAGAUCACUUCCUUAAGUUGGCUAGACUUGUCAUAUAAUAACCUGUCGGGGAGAAUUCCAUCUAGCACUCAGCUCCAAUCAUUUACUGCUUCAGCCUAUACGGGAAAUGCAGGAUUGUGUGGACUUCCUCUGUCCAAAUAUUGUCCUGGAGAUUUACCAGUACCAGUAUCAUCCCCCGUUCGGGAAGCAGACACAGAUGAACUUGAGAGAUGGUUUUAUAUAAGCGGGGCCAUUGGUUUUGGCAUCGGAUUUUGGAUAGUGUGUGGCAUUUUACUCGUCAACCGUCAUGGAAGACAUGCUUUCUUUCACAUUAUGGAUACCAUGGAAGACUGGGUUUCCGUGAAGGUUAAAGAGUUCAAAGUAAAAUUUCAAAGGAUAGCACAAUAG